AUGCCAAAAAAUGGAUCACAUGACGCUCCUGCUUUGUCUCGGUCUGCGCUGAUCGAGACGUCUGUGUUGAUCGUCGGUGCAGGACCAACCGGUCUACUCCAAGCUUAUCUUCUCUCUCGGCUUGGAGUCAAAUGCACGAUCAUCGAGAGGUACCCUCAACGAUUAGCUGCUCCGAAAGCCCACGCUCUUUCUCCAAGAUCGCUUGAGAUAUGCCGCCAGUUCGGUCUCGAUACCAAUGAUAUCAGAAACCUGGGUACGCCACGAUCAGAAGCUUAUUGGGUAAAUUUCAUCACGAACUUGAGUGGCGAACACAUUGGAAGGCUGCCGUAUGAGCGAAUGGAUGUCGGCGUAUUGAAACACACACCAGAGAUGAUUCACAACAUCCCACAGCCCACAUUCGAGGACUUCGUUCACCAUCACCUGCCAGACGACGUGGAGAUCAUCAGGAGCGCCAGUUUUCUGUCAUGUCAUCAAGACGCUACCCAUGUCAUAACAACUGUUAAAGACAUGAACAGUAGCAAGACUUUUGAAGUCAAGUCGCAGCAUCUCAUAGCUUGUGACGGAGCGCGAAGUCCCGUCCGUUCUUAUCUGGGAAUUGAAUGCGAUGGCGAAGAAUCCUAUGAGACGAUGAUGACGAUCCAUUUCAACGCGGACUUGCGGCCCAUUGUUAGCCAGGACCGGGUCGGAAUGCUUCACUGGGUGAUGGAUCCUCUUGUGUCUGGCUUCGUAAUUGCCUAUGAUUUGUCCCAAAAUCAAGUUCUGAUCUGUAAUUUCGACUCUACAAAGCAUCCUGUGGAGUCCUGGAGCAAGAGUCUCUGUCGGGAAGUCCUCGAUUGCGCUAUUGGCCAGAGGACAUCGUAUGAGGUGUUGAGUUUCCGACCCUGGGUUCUCAGUUGUAAAGUCGCUCGUGAGUACCGCAGCGGUAGGGUGUUCCUGGCUGGAGAUGCCGCUCACUCGUUCCCUCCGACUGGUGGCCUUGGACUCAAUUCUGGUCUUGGCGAUGUUCACAACCUUGCAUACAAGAUUGCUGCAGUUCAACAAGGCUGGGCCAAUGACCAACUUCUUGACAGCUACGGUACCGAGAGACACCAGGUUGCCAACAUCAACUCUCAGCAAAGCGUGAAGAACGGCAAGAAGAUUUUCUCGCUCCUCAAAGUAUCAGGAGCCACCGAUCCCGAUGUUAACCGGGCAAGACAGAACCUUUCAGAAUCCCUCAGAUCAGCUGAACAGAGGACUUCCAUUGAUAAGGGUAUCCAAGAGCAGCAAGAGCACUUUGAUAAUCUUGAGCUUCACAUCGGCUAUGUGUACGGCUCCAAACGCGUCCCACCCCAUGCAUCCAAUUAUGCGCCCAAGUUUGUUCCUGGUGCCCGAUUGCCUCACGUCUGGGUGGAGCCAUCAGACGCGUUUCGCAGAUUCCUGCCUUCGCCUGUCGACUUGUCGUAUGUUUCAGAGAUGAGUGCAGCAGACAGGUCAAGGCGGAAGUAUUCUUCACUCGAUCUUUGCGCUUGUAACGCGUUCACGGUCCUUGUUGGGCCUGACAACAGAAUCCAAGCCAGUGAUUUGAAAGAGAUUGGACCUGUUCAGGUGCCGAUAAAUCUCGUGGUUUUGCACAGAGAUUUUGUCGUGCAAGAUGAUGAGGAAGGCAGAGACUGGCUCGAGGCAACAGGACUGAAGCGCGGGAGUGCAAUUGUAGUAAGACCUGAUCAGCAUAUUCUUGCGGUAUCAGCUCCGGACUCGCAGUGGAGGCACUUAGCUGGCCUAAUUGCAGAACACCUUUGCCUACAUGUAACAUCCAGUAUGAUAGAUUAG